AUGUCUCCCACGCAGCCUAAACGUGUCGCUAUUGUUGGAGGCGGAUGCGCUGGGAUCACUGCGUUUUGGGCUUUACAGAAGUCACCGCAUGAUGUCCAUCUUUUCGAGGCCUCUGCAACGCUUGGUGGGCGUAUCAAGACAAUACCAUUUGAGAACGAUGGAAAUAAAGUCGCUGUGAACACGGUAUCAUCGGUAUUCAAUGCCACUGCUUCUCACAACCUUGUUUCUCUGCUUCGCUAUCUAGGAAUCCCCACGUCCGCAGCGCAGUUCUCCUUUGGAGCAACCGAUGGUAUUGGCGCUGAACAAUGGACUGGAAGUAUACUUGGAGACAUUGUCCGUCGCCCAUGGCGUCUGUGCAAACUUGAAACAUGGCACAUGUUGUUCGACAUUGCCCGAAUGCGAUAUACGUGUCUAGACCAGCUGGUUGAUGGUCAUCAGCGGAGUGAGCGCCAUGCCCAGCACGAAACCAAAAUGCGACAUUAUUUCUUAAAACCGCUCUCAAUGACCAAGUACUUACAAACUUCCCAGUUCACAACGAACUUCGACCAGUCAUGGCCUGUUAGUAGUUUCAUAGUAACUUCCUCGGACAACCACAGUAAGAACCGUCCUGAAGACCCUCCCGACCACAUAGCCCUCAAGACAUGCCUCACCCGCGUCAUCAAUGACGAGCAGAAUAUUCCAGCACAGCUCUUCGGUCCAGUCCUCAUCACACUGGAUCCAUUCGCUCCGCCACAUCCUCUUCUUGUCGCAGGAGUGUGGGAGUUCACUGAUCUUGAGAUCAGCGCUGAGACGCUCCUGGCUCUAAGCCUUCUUCCUGCCAUUCAGAACAAACGGGGGCUUAGCUUCUGCCUAUCCUGGACGAGCUGUGGAUUUCUCGAGGACGCUGUUACCUCUGGCCUCACGGUUGCUGUUGAACAUCUCGGUGCCAAAGUGCCCUUUGCCUUGGAGCAUCAUCCGGACCUCUUGAAUGCCAACGAGCUACCACAAUUGCAUUUGAGUCUGGCAGAUCAUCUCAUUCGGACCCUACUCGGUCUAUUGCGUGUCUAUGUCCUUAUCAUUGAAAUUUCACUCAUCCUAUUGGGUGCAUUGCGAGGCUUCCUGAAGAAUAAAAUGUACCUCCUGAGAAAGUGA